AUGGCCCAGGUGCAUCACUGUAUCUACGUGGCCCAGGUGCAUCAAUGGAUCUGCGUAGCCUACCUGCAUCACUGUAUCUACAUGGUCCAGGUGCAUCACUAUAUCUACGUGGCCCAGGUGCAUCACUAUAUCUACGUGGCCCAGGUGCAUCAUUGUAUCUACGUGGCCCAGGUGCAUCAAUGGAUCUGCGUGGCCCAGGUGCAUCACUGUAUCUACGUGGCCUACCUGCAUCACUGUAUCUACGUGGUCCAGGUGCAUCACUAUAUCUUUGUGGCCCAGGUGCAUCACUGUAUCUACGUGGCCCAGGUGCAUCACUGUAUCAACGUGGCCUAG